CUCGUGUUAUCCAUGAACUAUCUAUAAAAUCAUACACUGUCGUAUAAUCUUCAACUUGUGCAUCGGACAUUUUACGCCCAUGGCAGAAAGCCAGAGUACGAACUUGUCACCUAUAGAGGUCCGGAAUGUGAAAUUUCAUACUAAUACCCAGACGCACUCGCCCAGUUCAAUAUUGUCAAAUAAGCCCAUUAAGCUUGACAUAGAACAUGCAGUGGUUGAUGACGACCCUCGAACAUGGUCAAACACGAAGAAGACCACUAUAUUGUUCAUUAUAUCUGGAGCCACGAUGUUUGCGGGUUUGGCGGCGAACAUACAAAAUCCUGCCAAUGCUCAAAUCGAGCAACAGCUACACGCCAGCAGUGGAGAUAUUAGCCUGAGCUUGUCACUGUUCAUUCUCGCUCAAGGCACUUUCCCUGUCGUUUGGAGUGCGAUUAGCGAGAUAAAGGGCCGCAAGGACAGUUCCUCGAUCCUCGUGACCGUGCUCACUUGGAGUAGGUCAAGCGCAGUUUUCGCUAUCGGAACUGCCACUCUGGCCGAUAUAUACGAGCCACAUCAACGAGGUACAAUGAUGGGUGUCUACUACUCUGCGCCUCUCCUCGGUCCCUCAUUAGGACCAAUACUUGGUGGUGCACUCACACAGGGCCUCAACUGGCGGGCAAUUUUCUGGUUCUUGGCCAUCUGGGGAGGCAUAAUAUUUUUGGCACUCCUUUUCUUGUUCAAGGACACCUUCAGGAAGGAGAGGAGUGUGACUUACCAGAACGCAUUGAAUUCGAGGCUCCAAGAGCAGCAGUCGUCGGAAGCGAAGGACGAGUCGCGAGAUAUUUCGAAGUCAGAAGUGGGCAGAGAAAAUCAAACGACUUCAAAAGAUAUCGAAGCACAGCGAAUGGUUAUUCCAGCAUCGGCCAUUAAAGAUAUAAAAAUGUCUAUGGCUGAUAUCAACCCUUUCCCUGCAUACCUCUUGAUCGUCAGCCGCAAGAACAACCUUGUUAUCAUGAUAACAUCAGGCUUAAUACUUGGGUUUAGCUUUAGUAUUGCGUAUACAUGCGCAAGAACAUUGUCGAUGUAUUAUGAUUAUGAUGCAUUGAAGACUGGCCUUGUUUUGCUUGCCUAUGGUGUUGGCAGCGUAACUGGCAGCAUAUUGGGUGGUCGCUGGUCCGAUCGGACACUUGCUCGGCUAAAGGCCGCAAACGGAGGGGUCAGCUUUCCAGAGAUGCGCCUCGAGAGCACGAAAAUCGUCAUGUUAUGGUCACCUCUUUCUGUGAUUGGAUACGCCUGGGUGUGCCAAGAACGAGUCAGUAUCGCCGCUGUGUGUGUGAUGCUGUUCCUCGCUGGAUUUCUAUCCGUAUGGACCUACACAAGCAUACUGGCGUACCUUGUCGAUGCAAACACUGGUCGCUCAUCCAUGGCAGUAGCAACGAAUAGUUUUGUCCGUGGUCUGUUUGCUUUUGUCGCCGCCGAGAUUGCGGUUCCUUUACAAGACACAAUUGGCGACGGUGGUCUGUAUACUCUCUGGGCAGGUCUGAUGGUUGUCGUUCAGUGCAUGAUUCUGCUGGUGUUGUACAAAGGCAGGAACUGGAGAGAAGCCAGUGUUGAGAGGGAGAAGCAGAAACUGGAUGCCAAGUAGACAAUCAUAGGUCCGAUAGGGUCCGAUCGACGCUGAUUGAAUAUUGAUGGGCA